CAUUAGACAAUGUUGUAUGUCAACGUCAUGCCUGACUGGAAGGCAGACGAUCUUUGUCAUUUCGAUUUUAAUUUCUUUCGCGCACAGUUUUCACUCUAUCUCUGAAAGUACUAGUGCUUCAAAAUACUUGUCUUAAACAACACUAACCAUGGCCCGUCGAUAUCGAGACGCCGCUGCGAAAAUGCAGGAGAACGUUCAAAAGCAUCUGAAGGAAAUGAAGGAACUAUCGUCGUCUGAAGAUGAAGAGCCUUGCGAGUCCAGCGUCCUUGAAGGUGUGUUCCAAAGUUACUGGCGAGGUGGAGGUGACACUCAAAUGCUUAACAGGACUAAAAAUUUGUUAGAAGAAGCCAUCAGCGGCCGCUCCGUAACGUGCCUCAUAUGCAUAGGAUCGAUAAAGAAAAGCCACGCUAUUUGGACAUGUGAUCAUUGCUUUUCCUACUUCCAUCUAUCCUGUAUACAAAAAUGGGCCAACGAUAGCAUAAGCCUCCGUAGCGAAGAAAGUACCGGCGCUAUAGCUAUAUUAAAACAACACAAGAUUGAGUGGUGUUGUCCGAAGUGCCGGCAUUCGUAUUCUAAGGAAGAAAUACCACGCAAGUAUCGCUGCUUUUGCGCCAAAACCGAUAACCCGCCUCCUCACCCUUGGUUAAUCCCACAUACAUGUGGAGAGGUCUGUGGGAAGAGAUUGUCCACUGGUGAUAAUUGUAAACAUAAGUGCUUGCUUCUAUGCCACCCUGGUCCUUGCCCCCCGUGCCCACAAACUGUCAAUGGAAUAUGCUACUGUGAAAAGGAGAGGAAGAGAGUGAGAUGUAGUGCGGCUAAAUGGUCUUGUGGACAGCUUUGUAAGAAAACCCUGCUGUGCAAAACUCAUAAGUGUGAAAAUAUAUGCCAUGCUGGAGAUUGUCCAGAUUGUACUUACACUAGCAUUCAGCCAUGUCAAUGUGGCAGUGAGAAAUCAAAAAGACCAUGCAGUGACCCAAUCUGGCAUUGCAAGAAACCAUGUAACAAGCCUUUUUCAUGUGGUUACCAUAAAUGUGAGAGAAUCUGCCAUGCUGGCGAAUGUGGCAAUUGUCCCAACUCUGGAAUGAACACAUGUCCUUGUGGGGCCAACAAGCGCUUCCUAAAAUGCCCAGAUGUCAUGGAAACAUGCUUAGGCACAUGUAGUAAACGACAUGUUGAAUGUGACCAUUGUUGCCCAGAGAAAUGUCAUUAUGGUAAAUGUCCACCAUGUCAAGUUUUAGUUUCUAAGAGAUGUCAUUGCUCCCAUCAUACGAGGCCACUACCCUGCAGUAAAGACUUUAAAUGUGACAGUAAGUGUAGAGGAAUGAGGUCUUGUGGCAAGCAUAGCUGUGGAAGAAAGUGCUGCAAUGGAAGCUGUCCUCCAUGUGAGAAAAUUUGUGACAAGGGACUUCAAUGUGGGAGACAUAAAUGCACCAACAUUUGUCACCGAGGGCCAUGCUACCCAUGUCCUCUAGAAUCCAAAGUUACAUGCAGAUGCAAAGCAACUUUUGUACGAGUCCCAUGCGGACGAGAAAGGCAGACGAAGCCACCUAAGUGUAACUUACCAUGUAAAAUUAAAUAUAGGUGUGGUCACACAGAGGAAAAUAAACAUACAUGUCAUUUUGGUGACUGUCCGCCAUGCAAAGCUAUUUGUGAUAAGCAAUAUCCUAAGUGUGAACAUAAGUGUAAAGCUGUGUGUCAUGAGUAUGUUGCUGUAGUGUUCAAACAGGUAGAGAAACCUGCAACUCCUUGGGAGGUGCAGCCACCUAAAACCAAAAUUAUGACCUUAGAGUGCCCUCCGUGUGAAACUCCUGUACCAGUUGUUUGUUUUGGUGAGCAUGAGACCGACAACCAGCCCUGUCACACAGCUACUCGCAGACCUUGCGGAAGAGAUUGUGGCAAACCACUGGCUUGUGGAAACCACAACUGUACAAUGAUGUGUCACUUGUACAGUCCGUUGCCUGAAUAUCCAAAUGUGCCUUCUAGUUGCAAGCAAUGCAACAGAGAAUGUUCAGUUCCUCGUCCAGAGAAAUGUGCUCACAAAUGUCCUAUUCGUGCCUGUCAUCCAGGUCCUUGCCGUCCAUGUGAGAUAUUGGAAAGAUUGGCUUGCCACUGCGGCUUAACGGAAAUCUACUUACGUUGUCGGGAGUUAUCAACUGCAACGGAAGAGAUGUUGUCAUGCAAGCAACAGUGUCCGAAGAACUUAGAGUGUGGGCACCGCUGCCGUAACACAUGCCAUUCAGGAGCUUGUGGCAACCAAGUAUGCACAAAGAAGACUAAAGUGUACUGUCCAUGCGGUAACAUUAAAAAGGAAGCCCCGUGUAACUCUGUUAGAAGUGGAGAAACAAAGAUAUUGUGUGACUCAACCUGUGAGGCUAAGAAAGAAGCAGCGAAGUUAGAGCAAGAGAAAGAAAAACAGAGAUUGAAGGAGUUAGAAGAAGAGAAGAAUAGAAAAGAACUAGCGGAGUAUGAGUGGAAGUUGAGCGGCAAAAAGAAGAAGUAUAAGGAGAAGAAAAUGGUUGUGGACACGGAUGAUAGAAGCUUUUUGAGAAAGUAUUGGGUACCGUUGUCAUCGUUCCUCGUUUUUAUAGCAGCAGCUAUUUAUUACAUAUUGUAUGUUUAGUUUAGAUGAAAAGACUUGUCAAUUAUUCCAACGUAAAUACUUUUAAGUAGGUAAUAAGGUAAGAAUGCUACCUAGGCAUCGCUAGAAUAUAGCUCACUAAAUAUUACUAUUAUGGUAUGGCUUAAAAUUAUGGUAUAAUUAUCAAGAUUGAUUGGUUUUAUGGGAUAUGUAUAUAAGGCUAGAAACACUGGAUUACCUUGUGGUAAUGCUUAAUGCACACUCAACACCAGAUUUAUAGCAGUUACACUGUAAGAUUUAACUAACUAUGUAGUUUUAACUGUACAGUUGAACUGUAUUUAAAUUACUGUACAGUUAAACUGUGCAGUUACAUUGUAUGGUGUGUAGACUGUAUGGACAUCAACCUACAAUUUAACUAUACAGUUAUAACUUAGUGUUUGUAGAGCAAACCAAUUGAAUUAUUAUAACGAUUGUGUUAUAUAAUUGAGAUAACUGUACAGUUAAAUCAUAGGCCCAUAUCUAUACUAGGUCCUAGUCGAUACUAGUCUACCGUAGUAGGUGUGUAGACUGUAUUGACCUACGAUUUAACUGUACAGUCCGACUGUACAGUUAAAACUGCACAGUUGUAUAGUGAAGAAGAACACUAUGUGACACUACUAAAUUGUAUAGUUAGUGCGUUGUAAGUUAAGUAGUGCGUUGGAAGUGUGUGCCUGCCUUUUCGGGGAAAGGGACGGAUUCUAUCCAAAGAUCCUAUAUUCUCAUGGGAUAGGCAAAGACAGUGCAUCUGAUGAGAUGCAUUAUCAUGUCCUAUUUCCUUGGUAUUUAAAUUACUGUGUCUCAUUUACAGUUUUGUAAUUUAAUUAUGUUUUGGUACCUCUUUUGUGAAAUAUUAGUGGUAUUUCAAAUGAAUAACUAUUAUGUUUUUAUCAUGUCCAAUUUCCCCUGAUAUUUAAAAUACUG